AUGGCUCGGGUGCGGCCCUUUCUGCACAGCCCCGCCGAGAGUAACCUCGAGGUCUACACAACGCUGCUAGAGUGGAUGAGAGAUCAUGGCGGUAGCCUCCAUGAAAAUGUCUACAUCAGCUACGAUGAUAGUCGUGGCACCCAUAUCCGGGUGAAGGAGGGUGGGGUGUCCGGCAACACACAUAUCAUCAAGACACCUGUUGCUACCACCAUGUCAUAUCUCAACGCCAUAGAUUUUCACGCUGGGGACGCACACUUCCCCGCUCACGAUGUCAAAUUCCCUUCUUCAUUCAUAGAAAGGGUAGGCUCUGAGGAGGUGGCAAUUUUUUUUCUGAUUGGGCAGUAUCUGCGUGGGCCAGAGAGCUUUUGGCAUCCGUAUAUUCGGACACUUCCUCAGCCUGGCUCUCUGACAACGCUCCCCUAUUAUGAAGAGGAAGAGGAUCUAGAAUGGUUGGAAGGGACGAGCUUGUUGCAGGCACGGAAGCGAAAAGUGGCUCUUCUGCGGGAGAAGUAUGAAAGUUCGAGCAAUGAGCUUCGAGAGUCUGGAUUUCAAGAUGCAGAGAGAUAUUCAUGGGAUCUCUAUCUCUGGGCGUCUACGAUAUUUGUCUCCCGUGCGUUCUCAGAGAAAGUGCUUUCUGGCGUAAUUCCAGAGCACGAGAUGCCCGAGAACACCUCUGUUCUCCUUCCGUUCAUCGACAUUUUGAACCACCGGCCACUCGCUAAAGUUGAAUGGCGCGCCGGUCUACAGAACGUCGACUUUGUCGUACUGGAAGACGUUAGUGUAAACGAAGAGAUUGCCAACAAUUACGGCCCACGCAAUAACGAGCAGCUGAUGAUGAAUUACGGCUUCUGCCUCGCCAACAACCCAUGCGACUAUCGCACCGUCAGUCUCCGCGCACCACCAGGCAGCCCUCUCCAAUUCGCCCGCGAGCAGCAGAAACAGCUCUUCCCCAACUCCAGCAAGAAUGACAUAGAGGACCCCUUCUACGUCUUCAAUGUCUUCUAUCCCCUUCUAGCCCCAGACAUCCCCAUGGAGCACUCAGUCUUCUCCCCAGCCCUCUUCAACGCCAUCUCAGUUCUAUCAGCAAACCAGCGCGAACUCGAAAACCUUGAGAUCUCCGAGCACGCGAUCCAGAUUUCCAACACAUACGGGAACUCUCGCGCAGCCCUCUCCGCACUAAGUCAGAUCGUCAUCGAACUGAUCACACAUAUUGUGCGGUUGAAGUCGUCGGAACCGGCAGAGCCAAAGCAGCCACGUAAUCUCAAACAGAAACACGCAAAACUAUACAGAGAAAGCCAAAUAAGCCUCUCUGAAUCAGCCCUCGUCAUUGCGUCUUGGUCUGUACAGCGCGCACGCACUCACGGCCUCCAGGGCAGCUGGGACGAAACGAAACGCCUCCUCUCCCAACAUAUGUCCCGCAUCCCACAAGGUAAAUUUCCAGAAUUAGUCCAAUCACGCAUCCAAGUCCGCAUUCUCGAACGCCCCUCCAUCCUCCUCCACAGCGGCGAGCUCUUCUCCUUCCCAGAGCUCCUCUCCCUUCUGCAACACCGCGAAGCCGACGUCCUUCCAACAGCACAAAAAUGCUUCGACACUAUUCUGAGAACGGCGUCGCGCCGCAUCCCAGCUCUACGAGGCAUCGAUAAGAACGCUUCCCCCUUCCGGUUCCCACUCUUUGCCUGCUUUGUGGUUGCCGUGCAUACCACAAACAGACAUAAACACAGCUCGGUGUCGUUUCAUGAGCGACAGAGUUUCCUUCCUCAACGUCUUUCUCACUGGGCUUCGUUCUUGUUGGACCAUUAUCUUCCGCCGCCGGAUGAUGUUGCGUGGGCUUUGGAGGAUGAGGAUGAUGAGGGGCUAGUCAGCGAGUUCGAUGAGGUUCUCGGUGAGUUACGUGAGAGAAAUAAAGAUCUCUUCGAAAAUCUGGAGCCCUUCACGGGAGGUUGGCACGGGAAUGCGGAUGCUUGGUGGUUGUCUCCAAAUUGGGUACGGUGGGCGUGGAUGAUGACGGAACAGGAGACAGUGCAAGUUCCGGAAGAUCCACUUGCAUUGCUCGAGGGAAGAUAUGGUGAGGGCGGGAGUUUGAUGCUGCAGACGGAGACGUACUUGUAUAUUCCGCAAGAGUGA